AUGAAUUAAAGUUAUUUACUCUAAUUGUUUACGCUUCCAGUUGCAGAAGGAUUGUCUGUGGUUGAAUUGGAUCAACUUUUAGAUUACAUCGCCAAGGUUUAUUCUAACCAAGAAAAUUUAUAAACUGUUGAAUUAUACAUGGAGAACAAUUUCUCACUAAAAUUAAUUAUGAUAAUUAGAUCGAUUUAUCACUUUGAUUCAAUUAUGUAGUUGAAUCCUUAAAAAUACAAUUCUCAAAGGUUCAAGCAACUUGUCAUUUUUGCCACUAUGUAAUUAAAGAAACUUUCUCAAAUUACAUCAGAAUAAGAUUAGUAAAUUAUUUUUUCCUUAUCCAUACAUUUAGGAAUUAAAUAUUACAAAACUCAUAUUAAACUUAUGUCCCAUCUUAUUGGAAUGGUUUUUGAAGCAUUUUAAGAAAAGAAUGAAUUAUUUGACUUUUUAUUGCAAUAAAUGUCACAAUCCUUAGUAAAUCAUCAAUAAAUGUCAACAUCUAUCACAUCAAUAUUAUUUAUUUUGGACCAAUUGUUAAGAUUUCUAUUUAAUAUUAGAACUCUGGAUUAAUAAUUGUAGGUUAUUGUAGAACAAAUAUUUCAAUAAUUCUAAUACAUUGAUUACUCAAGCAUUGAUAUCCAUAUUGGAAAAACAUUAAGCAGUAUAAUAGUUAUCUGCGUUUAAAAAUACAACUGCUAUUAACAAGAAAAAUUAUUGUUAUUAUCACAAGAUUAACAUUUAUUAAAAUUUAUUUCAAAGUAUUUAUUGCUUGAAAACAUCAUUACUUCAAACUUGCUUAAAUCUUUAUGCAUACUCAUAAAAAAUUAAUCUUAAGUCCAAGCUCAAUUAAAGUUUGAUUCAGUAUAGAUACCCUACUUAGCCUAAUUAACUAAUCAAAUAUUACCAUUACUUAUAUAAUCAUUUUUGGAAAAAAAAUUUGAUCACCCAACAUCCUUAUCAGUGUUAUAAUUUGUAAAUGAAUGUUUGAAUUAUUCCUUUUCUUAUGAAUUCUUUUACAAUAAUCAGCAUCAGCUUUUAUUCAAUUUAAUUUUUGAUAACCUAAUAUUUGACGAAUAAGAAAAUUCAAACUUUUAUGAAAAUACUACAGACUUUUAUGAAUAUAUAUAAGCCAUAAUUAAAUUAGAUAAUGAUACAAUCAAAAGUUUAAUCGCAUAAAUUUUGGAUAAACUCUCCAAAAAUAUAGAUGGAUUCUUAAAGAACUAUUAUGAUAUGUGUUAUGAAUUAUUGUUAUUUCAUUUUGAAGUGAUCUAAGAAACAAAUUUAUGCAACAAAUUACAAACAGAAAUUAUUCAAUGUAAGUUCUUUACUUGCCCGCCUGAUUUAAGAUAUAAUGCAAUAAUUCUAUCAUUUUGUAUCUUAAAUAAAUAGCUUACUACAAGAAAAGAUGUUAGAUAAAGUGUUGAAUACUUUUUGAAGCAAAACUUAAAGUAUAUGAAAAAAAAGGCUGAUGCUCUUGGCAAGUGUUUGGGAAUGGAAUUCAUAAAAAUUGUGUUACCAUCAAUAUUUUCAAACUCUGAGAAAUCCUUUUAAAAAUGCAUAAAGUUCUGUUUUAGAAUAUUAAACUAACCUAAAUAAAAAAGAGGUGUGAAGUUAUUUGCUGUUAAAUGCCUAAUUAAUCUAAUAUAGAAUUAGGAUGUUUAACUUAAGAUGGAAGACUCAAUAGCAUUCCAACAUUUUGAAUUUUGUGAUCAAUUAGCAUUAUGCGAACUCGAUAUAUAUUAUGAAUUUGCUGCAAUUGUUGUCUAGAAUUGCAAUGAAAUUGUGGAUACUUACCUUGAUGACAUAAUGAAAUCAAUAGCAAGAAGAAUUGAUUUUGGGUGUAAAAAGAUCAAGGCAAAUCAGACAUAAUAUGUUAAUCACACCUCUAUUGUCUUUAGUUGCAUAAAAAUUAUAGAUAUAAUAUUAUCUCAGCCAUACACUCUAAAAUAUACGGUAUUUAUUAAGACUAUUUAAUAGGCCUAAAUAGAACCAACUUUAAAUUAAAUUUUGAAUUAUUUAUUGCAACCAGAAAACUUAUUGUUUAUAGAUGAGAUCUUUGAUGCUUGCUCUAAAUUCAUUUCAUAUACAAAGGGUUUAACAGAAAUAAUAUAUAUUAUUUAUGAUAGUUUACCUGCUAUUAUUGAAAAAGAAGGAAAAUUAACCAUCGAAAGUGUUUUUAAACUAUUUUUGCAAAGCACAAUUCAUGCCUCUGAGGUUGUUAAAUCAAAACCUUAGUGGAUAUCUAUAAUGCUAAAAUUUGUUUAUUCAGAACUUUAAAAAAAUAAUUCCAUUGAAGAUAAUAUCAGAAUUUCUAUUUUGAUUCAGCAAUUUUAUCAAUUCUAUAAUUUAGACGAAUGCUGCUUGUUGUUAACAGAAUAAUUUUACAAUAUACUUUCACUUUAAUUAUAAUAAAAAGAAAUUUUACCAAAAACUUUUAUUUCAAUUUUUAUGCCAGUAAUUAUAGACAAUUCUAAACUGUUAAAUACCCAUUUAAGAUAAAUUAUUAUUAACACAAGUGGAUAUUUGAAUUUAACUUUUGGAAGAGCAUUAACUGUAUACAAUUAUAAGUUUUAUUUCAUUAUUAUUCACUUUUUAAUUUUAAACUCAAAUCUUCUUUACGAAGAACAACAUAGAUAAUCAAUAAUUGAAUAAUUAUUCAAUAAUUUCCUCAAUAAAUAUGCUGCUUAUAUAGAAAAAAUCACUUUUUAUUAAAAGAUUGGGAAUCAAAAUUUGUCUUCAUAAGAAAAAACGAUUCCAAGUUUUGAUCUAGAAUAUUAAGAUAAUCAAUUAGAGGUACAUUUGAAAGAGAUGUCACACUACAAAAAAGAAAACCAAAUUGAAAAAUAAAACCUAGUUGAUCUUGAAUCUACCUAAAUUAUGUCAUAAACACAACAAACUUAGAUAGUUUAAAAUAUAUUACAUUAUCUAAAAAUUAACUAUCCAACAACAUUAUCUCAUUUAACUCAAGCAGACAACAUAUUAUUGAAUUCAAUAUUAUAAAUUAGAGAAAUUGAUCCACAGAAUUAGCAAGGUGUAAGAUAAAUUAUGAGUGUCAAAACUUUUUAAAGGAAGUCUUAAAAUUUGAAAUAAUACAAUGUUAUGUGA